AGCCUUUUGAUCGUUCCAAGAUGCUUGAGAGAUGUUAGCGACGUGGAUACUGCUGUGGAAUGGUUUGGAAUAGAAGUAUUUCCCAUCGGCAUCGCACCGACCGCUUUUCAUCGCAUGGCGGAGAAGGACGGUGAGAUAAGUACUGUACAAGGUGCCGCAAAAUCAAAAUCUCUAAUGGUUGUCAGUUCAUGGGCUACAACUGCAAUCGAGCUUAUCGGCCAUGAAGCUAUGAAACUAGACGUACCGCUUUGGUUCCAGCUAUAUGUUUACAAGGACAAAUCCAUCACAUCAUCACUGCUCUUCCGAGCACAUGCAGCUGGUUGCAAGGCAAUUGUUGUCACCGUGGAUACACCAGUGCUUGGCAGACGUUUAGCAGAUGAGAGAAAUGCAUUUAAUCUUCCAGCGGGACUGACGCUCGCAAAUUUCACAACGAUACAAUCGUCACAAAUGCCAACAGCACAUGAAGGGCAGUCAGCUUUCGAAAAAUAUGUUGGCAAUCAAAUUGAUCCUAGCUUGGAUUGGAAUAUGGUAGAUUGGGUGAUCAGCAACACAAAAAUACCGGUAAUCUUGAAAGGAAUAAUGCGAGCUGACGAUGCCGAAGAGGCCAUAAAACGAGGCGCGCAAGGAAUUAUCGUAUCAAACCAUGGUGGACGACAACUGGACAGCGCUCCGGCUACAAUUGAAGUACUCCCAAGCAUAGUACUAGCUGUUCAUGGAAGGGUGCCGGUGUUCUUCGAUGGCGGUAUUCGUAACGGCCGCGAUAUUUUCAAAGCUAUAGCCCUCGGUGCAGAUGGCGUAUUUGUUGGUCGUCCUGUUAUUUGGGGUUUAUCUGUAAAUGUAAGUUUGAAGUACUUGCGCAGGAUAAAGAGAAAAGCUGGAUACUUCAUGGAAAAAUUGUGGGAAAGUCAGGCUUUUGUUUUUUUGUGGAAAUAA